AUGCAGAUCGACCCGGCAGCUCUGAGUCGGACAGACUCUGCAUCAACUGCGACAGCAUCGUCCAAGACCGCAGCUCCUGGCCCUCCGACGACUCAAAAGUCUACGAAGGCUUUGAUAUCAGUUCCGCGAUUGGAUCUCGAACCUAUCUACACGGAGCUGAAAGCCGCUAUCGGUGAAAACUGGGCUGAGUACAAAGAGUCUACAACUCUGUUCCUUCUGGGACAUCUCAAUCAGAAUGAGCUCGCGUCGCGCGUUGAUCACAUCAUUUGCGCCGAUCAGAAAACCGAACACCUCCACAACAAUUUUAUAUGUGCGAUCAUAGGGAACCUCACAAGAGAUCUCCCCGACCAUGGUGUGGCAAGUUGGGUGUCAGCGAACGACAAGCCGUCGGUCGUAUCGAAACCCUCCUCUGGAGAUGCAGCGGAGGCAAGGUUGAAGACAGAGGUUAUGCAAUUACCUCCCAGAGACCGUCGGAGAAUAAAGGCGAUUCCAGAGCGUGACCCUCAUGAGACCGUGCCCAAUGAAGUAGAAGAAUAUCAUCUCGCGAAACAGAUCAAGCUCCCUAGCCAGGUCCCAGCUAGUGCUGGUGGUUUGAAUAAAACAAAUUGGGAGUUAGAGAUUCGGAAACGCUAUGCGCAACCCUUGGCAUCGGAAACUGGCGAAUUCCCAGAUGCCGAAUCAAUACAUGCGCGAAUGAUACCAAUAUGCUAUGAGGAGUCCGUAGUUAGCGGCGCAGGCUUCCCGUGUGCUGAGUUCAUGGCGAUUGCAACAGAGACUUUCGUUAAGGAAGUACUAUCUGUGGUGUUUUCCCGUACCAGGUGCAAUGGCCCGUCUGGCACAAUCAAUGGCAUGAUGAUGCGCAAAUAUCGACAGCAACUCGAGUUAGAGGAGCUGGCCUAUACUCGCGGCGAGAUCGUUAAAGACAGCGCGACUGGGCUUCUACCCAUUGAGGCCAAAGAAGCAAGCAAUCGGAAGCCUCUCGGUGUUCGCGAUCUUCGACUAGCGCUGGAAAUUGGAGGAGGAGUGCUCAGUCAUAUGCCUCUUAUUGUCGAUCAUAUUAUGGGAGGCUAUUUUGAGGAUGAAUUGGAGGCCGACAAACAGGACCAAAUCGACGAAGUUGCCGACACUGCUGAUAAUGACACAAGACCGAACCAGUUCACAGAUGAAAUGGAAGUGGAGGACGAUGCAGAAUUGGACUGGGAAGGGGCCACCGCGGUAGAUCGGGCUCAGUUGGGCUCGUUACUAGAUGAGUGCCUUUCUCUGGCCUCAUGA